AUGUACAUGCCAUCGCAUGACCGAACCACCGUGCGUACUAGGGAGGGAGAAGAUGAAGAGGAUAGGAGAAAGAUCAAACGGCCUCGGGCGAAACUCACAUGUCUGAAUUGCAAGCGAAGGAAGACGAAAUGUGAUAAAUGCUACCCUUGUUCAUCGUGCACUACAAGGGGUGAAAGUGAUUCGUGCCAUUACGAAGAGGGAUAUGAACCCAGCUCUCACAAUCUGUCGAAUCACGAGUACAAGGCAAUACAAGAUCGAUUAGAAAGGAUUGAAAAUGCUCUAUUAUCUUCUCCAAGACCAUUAACCUCACCUUCAAUCACCAGUAGGCGACGUAUGGGGGGAGAAGGAGGAGCAGCGACACAGGAAAGAGCCCACAGCGUGCUGGUAGCAUCAAGGAGCAAAACUAACUAUGCGCCUUCACCGACAUUCCAAGAAGAUAUGAACCCUAUAUACCCAGCGGUCAGAUCAGAUACAUUCCCGAAUAUCAUACUUACUACUACCCAGGCGAGAUCGGCCAGAUGGCAUAGAGAGAUGCAGUUGAUUCUCGAUACUUUACCAAACGAACGUCAAAUGGAGUUUAUGACGAAUCAUUAUUUCUCGAAAAUGCAAUUUCUAGGUCUGCAUAUCGUGGAAGGCGUCUUUCGAAACGAAAUGACACAAUUCAUAUCCCUCACAUCACUCAAUUUGCAUUUUUCUGUGGAUCCAGCUUGGUUAGCUCAGCUGGUUUGCAUUCUGUGGGUGACCUGCCAUUAUCUUACCAAAAACGAACAGCUUCUUCGAUCCGAAGCGAUGAUCAACUUGGGAUUGACCAAAUCUGGUCUGAUAAAUCUUGCCAUAGGGCUAUAUGAUGCUUUGGAAAUGGCUUUCAACUGCUCAGGGUGGUUGUUCAAACCCCAAUUGAGGAUCCUGCAGACGUUACUCGUACCGAUAUAUCUCAAUAUGCAAGGAUGUUAUCAUACCGGACCAUUAUACGGUCCACCAUCCGAUUGGUCCUGUUGUCUAUGGUUCGACAUCGCCGUAGGGAUCUGCAAAGGGUUGGACUUACACCUAGACCCAAAGAUAGAGGAUAUAGCCAAAUUGCAAGAUCCAGCUCUACCACCUUCCAGACCUAUAUACAGUAUACAAAUGAUUCGACGAGUCUUCCACGACUUGUUACUGUUCGAUACGUACUCUAUCAUCAAUUCGACCGACGUAUCGAGGAAAUUGUUACCUUAUGCCUUUCCUGACGAAUCAAUCUUGACCCCCUCGCCUUCUAACUACACCGAUCAGGCAAUUCUCUCAGAAGGUCAACCUUGCCCACGAUCUGAAAAAACUCCCUUCAUAUGGACAUUACAUCAAAAUCUCAUCUCCCAAGAAUGGCGCAAGAUCGUAGUCCUCCUGGAAAACCUUGAUGAGACACCUUACUCAGCAGUGAUGGAAAGGAACCAAAUGCUCCGAGAUGCAUUUACCGAUUUCUUGGCUUUGAAAGCGGAUGGUGAUUUGAAUCAACAUGAAUCGGAUGCGUUCGCUCUUACAUAUAGUUCCUACCAGCAACGUUUCUUGCGAUUACAUCGACCGUUCUUCCUCCGUGGAUAUCGAGAUACCCAAUUCGAAUAUUCCAGGAUUACAGUGGUAAAUGGGGCGCGACAAAUUGCCAAGACUCAUAGGAGAUUACUAAAUGAUAGUUCAGACCGUUCCAUUGUGAAAAGUGCUGUCUUCAUGUUUCAACAUCACAUUACGGCAUUACCUAUCCUCCUGCUCCAUGCACUACAUGACCGAUCAUCUUCGGCUCAAAUGAGGAUCGAAUUAGUAGAAUCUUCAGAAGCGUUCAUGAGGUCUUUGAAUUCUGGUUUCCAACUUCAUACGCGUAUAGCUGCCAAGGGAGUUUGUAUAGCUAAUGAAAUGAUUAAAGUAAUUGAUAAUGCACCUGAAAAUUUGGAAAAUAUAGAAGAUCUCCUUCAAUCCAUUAACGUACAAUCAAAAGCUGCCGAGAUGAAAUUACUGGAAACGAAUAUGAAUGUGAACCCGAACACGAGUGCCAUAACCAGUACAAAUAUCAACUCAUACUUGGAUACUCAACAACCACAAGUUGACGCCCAAGCCGAUUCAAAUAUGAUGACAGGGGAUCAAAGCAAUAUGAUGACUCUCUUGCCGAAUGCCGAACAGAAUUGGUGGGAUACGGACUGGACGUCGUUCCUUCGAGAUAUGUAG